GGCGACGAAAGACACUGGCUUACCAUAUACUUGGACUACAAAUGCUACAAAAGAAAUCCUUUGCGUACUCCAUAAUUCUGAAACUAGCGAUUCUGAAGUUUGCAAUAGUGUAGUGUUUAUGAGGAGACGUGAAUAUGUGAUAAAUAAAUGGAAGUCAAUUCUUUCGAGGAUCUCAUAACGCCAUUGAAUGUUUCUCAAAGAUCGCUUGAAGAUUGAAGAUUGCCAAAAUCGUCCACUUCAUCUUCCUUAGCAAUAACUCACACUGAUGAGCGACGGAACGCUCAGAACUAGUCCCUCCGUGAACAAAAAUCAUACAGCCAUUUUUCUUUAUCAAGAAAUUCUUCCCGACGUCUCGAAUGACUUAUUCCGAUGACAUCUGAAAUAACACAAGUUACCAAAGAUUCAUCGAUCUCUACGCCAAGAUCCUAUCGUGACGAACUUUGAAUUUGAAAAAUCAAGCCCCGAGGUCAGAAUUUAGAUGUUCGAAUGGAUCGCGAAUGUUCGUGGUUGAGAAUGUAACCAUCGAAACAGCAAAGUUGGAGAAAACUUUUUGCAAAAAUGCAGUCGACUUGCCAGCAGCAGCAGGCUCAGCCAGGUCAGAACGGAACAUCCGCCAACAGGACGUCAUUCCUGAUAGAGGAUAUCCUAAGCCGCGGCACCGUUCCUCCGCAUUCUCAUCAUCAGCUCCAUCAUCAGCAUCUGACGUCUAAUCACGGGGUGCAGCAUCAACAUUACCAACAAUUCGCCAGUUUGCUGCCUGGCUAUCCAUCGGCACCACCCACCGCGGCCUUCUUUUUGGGACCAUUGUUCGGUAACACGGCAAUGGGGGUCGGUGUAGUGCCGGGAGUCAGUGAACUCGCGGCCUUGAAGCACUGCCGUCGACGGAAAGCACGAACGGUGUUCAGUGAUCAACAAUUAGCGGGUUUGGAAGCCAGAUUCGAGGUGCAGAGGUACCUCAGCACCCCGGAGAGGGUCGAGCUUGCGGCGGCUCUUCACCUCUCGGAGACUCAAGUGAAAACGUGGUUUCAAAACCGGCGAAUGAAGCACAAGAAACAAUUGAGAAAAUUGAGCACAAGCGCGGGAAGCAACAGCAAUCAGAAUUCCAAUCAGCAAUGCACCGGCCAAUCCGUUUCCGGCACAUCGCCUGUCGGUGAGUAA